AAUAUCUAUCCUAGUGGAUACUUAUCUGUGUAAUGGUAUAUAUACAGAGAGAGAGGGGGGAGAGAGAGAAGAUCUUUUCCUUUUCGAGCUAAGAGGUAAAGCGAUCGGAUUAGGACUGCCAUUUCUGCGUGUUUGAGCUUCCAGGAAGGAGGAGGAGAAGAAAGUGAGAGAUGAGUGGAUUGAGUUGUCCAUGGAUUUCGGGAGCCUACGCUUCUUCCGUUCGAUCCUUGUCCAAAUUCCCUUCCAGAAUUCAUCAUCUCUCGCCCAAGGAAAUUGAUGCCGGAGUCGGCGGCGGCGGCGGAGGCGGUGGUGGUUUCGCCGUCUUUUCCUGCUGUAAAUCUCAGGCCGAAUCCAAUGAAGAUCUCAAAUUUCUGCUCCAUGAUUCCCUCGAUCAUUCCGGCAUCGACACCGCCCACGCCCGUAUGGCAAGGGAAGGGUUCUACUCACAGAUACAAAAACUAUCAGAAAUUGAGAGAGAAACGAGCAUUAGCAUAAACAGGAGGGUUGAUUUGGGGAAAGCAGCUCUGUAUAUAGCAGCUGAGGAUGACUCGCUGAUUUCACACUCUUCUGUUCCACUUCCAGUGGAUGAUUUCUUGGCGAGAUUGGAUGACCUUUCUAUGGACUAUUGUUCCCACUAUGGCUCGUCCUUCAGGUCAUCACCGGAAGAAUUUCUUAAAUGUUUAGACAGAUACCUGUAUAUUGAUAAAGGUUUUCGGAGGAUGAGCAAUCAAACAGAGCAACGGGCUCUUUAUCUUCACUCGGUUUUGACUCAUCGUGCAGGAUCUGCUCCCUUGCUCUCGCUCAUAUACUCGGAGGUUUUGAAGAUGCUUCGUUUGUGGGGUCUUUUAAAUUUUGAUGCCGAGGUUUUCUUCCCUCUCGAUCAUUAUAGUUAUCCUAGAGGUUAUCCUAAGAAGAAAGGCAAAGAAUCUGAUCAAUCUCAUAUCAUGACUGCAGAGUCGUUGUUGGUGCAGCUAUUGAAAGAUUUGAAAGUCGCUUUCUGGCCAUUUCAACACGAUCCUACUAGGAGUCCCUUUCUGAGGGCAGCGGAUGCUGCUAACUGCUCCGAAAGAACUCAAAACACCAAAGAGAGUGCCUUGGAGCUGGCAUCUGUUAAGGCUGCUCAGCAUAGGCUGCAAAGGGGUGUUUGGACCAGUGUUCGUUUUGGGGAUAUGAGACGCGCACUCUCAGCAUGUGAACGGCUUAUCCUCCUAAAAACCGACCCCAAGGAAACGAGGGACUAUGGCGUUCUUCUUUACCACUGUGGGUUUUACAAGGAAUCACUCCAGUACCUUUCGCUAUAUCAGGAUACGAAGGUGCAGAAUGAAGUAAUCGAUCCAUCUGACAAGGAGGAUGAAGCUGUGCAGAAAUUAAUGUUUCGCGUAAACUUGAUCUUGAUGGAGGAAGGCUGGUCUAGGCCUGCAGAUAACGGAAGUCUCCUUCGCAACAACUCUGAACCCUGGUAAUGUACAGCGUUAUUCUCCGUCUUAGUUAAUGAAGAAACACAACAAAAGUUUUUGUUCCUUCACAAUCUACUAUGUUAUAUAGCUUAGAAACUAUAGUUAUUCCUGUAGAAAAAAAGUGUAGUAGGAACUGAAGAUCUGGACACAUGGAAACAAAUCACUGCAGUUUUUUUUGGUUCAAAAUAAACAAAUGAUGGGUAUUUCCUCGUGUUA